AUGGAAACCACCGCGCCAAGCAGUCCCUCGGCAGCCACCAAGCUCCGACACAUGCUCGCCACCAAGGACAUCAUCGUAGCGCCCGGAGUGUACGACGGCUUCAGCGCGCGAAUCGCACUCGAGGUCGGCUUCGACAGCAUCUACAUGGCAAGCAGACGCCCCAGCACCGACAAUCUUCCCCAGGCCCCAACUAACACUCACGUACAGACGGGCGCGGGCACAUGCGCCUCCAAACUCGGCCAAGCAGACCUUGGUCUCGCAACGCUCAACGACAUGCGCAGCCACGCCGAGAUGGUGGCCAAUCUUGACCUCAAGAUACCGCUCAUCGCCGACGCAGACACGGGCUACGGCGGCGCCAACAUGGUCGCCCGCACCGUUGCGCAAUACCACCGCAGUGGCGUGGCAGCCCUCCACAUCGAGGACCAGAUCCAGACAAAACGCUGCGGCCACCUGGGCGGCAAGGCCGUCGUCGACACAGACACCUUUGUGCAGCGGAUCCGCGCCGCCGCCCAGGCCCGCCGCCGCCUGGCUUCGGACAUUGUCGUCAUUGCCCGCACGGAUGCGCUCCAGACACACGGCUUCGACGAGGCCGUCCGGCGUCUGAGGGCCGCCGCCGGGGCCGGUGCCGACGUAGCCUUCCUCGAGGGCAUCCAGAAUGCCCAGCAGGCGAGCGAGGUGUGUGAGGCGCUGGCCCCCGUGCCCGUGCUGCUCAACAUGGUCGAGCACGGGGCGACGCCGUCCUGGACCCCCGACGAGGCGAGGCAGCUGGGGUUCAAGAUUGUCAUUUUCCCCUUUGCCGCGCUGGCGCCCGCGUACAAGGCCAUCCGGGGGGCGUUUGUGCGCAUCAAGGAGACGGGGAGGACGGGGCUAGACCCCGACUUCACCCCCAAGAGGCUGUUUGCCAUUGUGGGCCUGGACGAUGCAGUGAGGGUUGAGGAUGAGGCUGGCGGGAGCUUGUACGAUGGCGUGUAG